AAUCCAGUUUCUUUAUAAUGCUCUUAGGGUUUGUUACAAGAUUUUAUAUAACAUUCGGCAAAAAAAAGGAGUUGUCAAAAGAACAUUGAGACUUUCUACUUCAACAAAUUCACAUUUGAGUAUUUUAGACCUAUGGGUAUUUGAAAAACAAAAUACGAAAAUGCUAAUACCACAACGAGGACUGGCCAGAAAUUUUGCUUCGUUGGAAACUGGAUGGAAAAGACAAUUUGCUUCGAAAAGAGUUAUUGCGAUAAGACGAGAAGAUCAAAGCGUAUGGGAAAGAAGAGCGCCUUUUUCUCCAUCACAUGUUAGGAAGCUUGUAAAAAAUGGCAUUAAGGUCAUUGUCCAACCUUCAAAUAGAAGAGCUUACCCCAUGCAAAACUACCUGAAUGUAGGAGCGGUUAUUCAAGAGGAUAUAUCAGAAGCUAGUGUCAUUUUUGGAGUAAAGCAGGUACCUGUACAGCAGCUAAUACCUGACAAGACCUAUUGUCUAUUCUCACACACAAUUAAAGCACAAGAAUCAAAUAUGCCAUUGCUUGACGCCAUUUUGGACAAAAGGAUUAGAUUAAUUGAUUAUGAAAAGCUUAUGGACGAGAAAGGACAAAGAGUAGUAGCAUUUGGGAAAAUGGCGGGUAUAGCAGGUACAGUCAAUAUUCUGCAUGGCAUGGGAUUAAGACUGUUAGCAUUGGGUCACCACACUCCCUUUAUGCAUAUUGGUCCUGCACAUAAUUACAGGAAUGCUAGUAUGGCUAGACAAGCAGUAAGAGAUGCGGGCUAUGAAAUUGCACUUGGACUAAUGCCUAAGUCAAUUGGACCUCUUACGUUUGUUUUUACUGGCUCUGGAAAUGUAUCGCAAGGAUCUCAGGAAGUAUUUCAAGAGCUUCCCCAUGAAUAUGUCGCUCCAGAAAUGCUGCAAAAGGCUGCAGAGCACGGAAGUUUAAGUAAAGUGUAUGCCUGUGAGGUUAGAAGACGUCAUUAUUUAGAAAGGCGGGAGGGAGGAGGGUUUGACCCCGUCGAGUACGAAGAGCAUCCAGAGCGUUAUGUAUCGACUUUUAGUAAGAAAAUUGCCCCAUAUGCUUCAGUGAUCAUCAAUGGAAUCUAUUGGGCAGUUAAUAGUCCCAAGCUGUUAACUAUUCCAGAUGCGAAGCAUCUGUUGAGACCUGCACAUACUCCUUGGCUUCCUACGUCUAUCGGUGCGCCAGCUCUUCCUCACAGAAUGCUUGCCAUUUGCGACAUCUCUGCAGAUCCUGGUGGCUCAAUAGAGUUCAUGAACGAAUGCACCACCAUCGAUACCCCGUUUUGCCUUUAUGAUGCAGAUCGAAACAAAGAUACGAACAGCUUCAGCGGCCCGGGUGUUUUAGUUUGUAGUAUAGACAAUAUGCCCACUCAAAUUCCUCGGGAAAGCACGGAUUUUUUUGGAGACCUCUUACUGCCGUUUACUCAUAAUAUCAUUCAAUCUGAUGCGCAAAAAAGUUUAGAGGAUCAUGAUUUUAAUCCUGUCGUUUACGGAGCCAUUAUUGCAAGUAACGGAAAGCUGACCGCUAAUUUUGAGUAUAUCCGUGAACUCAGAAAAGUUCAAUCUUGUAAUCGAUUAGAUGUGGUUUUAUUCAGCAGAAGUCGUCACAAGUCGUCAACCGAAACCAGUAAAAUGGAGAAACAUGUUCUUAUCCUUGGAGCUGGACGUGUAGCAUCACCUUUAGUCGAAUAUCUUCACCGAGACAAAACUAUAGGAAUAACAAUUGCAUGUGAAAAUAAAUCACUUGGAGAUAAUUUGGCAACAGCUUAUUCAGGAAUAGAAAGUAUUUACCUUAAUGCAGCUGAAUCGAUAAGUGAUUCUUGUUUAGAGAAGCACAUUGAAAAAGCUGAUGUAGUCGUGUCGAUUUUACCCGCCCAUUUGCAUCCAAGAAUUGCAAAGCAUUGUAUCGCACAAAAAACACAUAUGGUUACGGCAAGUUAUAUGAGCAAAGAGAUCAAAGACCUCCAUCAAGCUGCACAAAAUGCAGGGAUAACCGUCCUAAACGAAGUGGGUUUGGAUCCAGGAAUCGAUCAUUUAUUAGCUUUGGAAUGCAUUCAGGAAAUCCAAGCAUUAGGAGGGCGUGUCACCUCCUUUGAAUCAUUCUGCGGAGGUUUGCCUGCUCCGGAAUUCAGUGACAACCCUUUGAGGUACAAAUUUUCUUGGUCGCCUCGCGGAGCAUUAUUAAACACUCUAUCUGCAGCUAGAUACCUUAGAAAGGGUCAGAUAGUGGAAAUCAGCGAAGGUGGUGAAUUAAUGCGAACCACAAAAAGUCUUGAUUUUUUGCCUGGAUUUAGUUUGGAAGGGUUUCCAAACAGAGAUAGCACAAGUUACGCGAAGUUGUAUGGAAUCGAAGAUGCAAAUACAAUUUUGAGAGGUACAAUAAGAUAUACAGGAUUUUCACAGUCUGCAAGAACCCUACAAGCAUUAGGUCUUUUGGAUCCAGAACCUCAUCCUUCUGUUCAUUCCCAAGGCCCGGAAAUAACAUGGAGACAACUAGUCUGUACAUUAUUAGGAUUAGAGGAUUCAAAUAUUUUUUACGAUAACUUAAAAAACAAAAUAUUAGAAAGGACAGGUAGCGACUAUGCCGUUGACGUUGUUGAGGAAUUGGGCUUAUUAGAAGAUCAAUCUGUGAUUAAAUGCGGAUCACCUUUAGAUACUUUAACACACUACUUAUCAUUUAAAUUAGCUUUAGAAAAACACGAAAGAGAUUUAGUAAUUCUUAGACACGAUAUUGGCAUUAACUGGCCUGAUAAUAAAAAGGAACUAAGAGGGGUCAACUUUGUCGUUUAUGGAGAGACUGAUAAUCAUUCAGCUAUGGCAAAAACUGUCGGAUAUCCCACAGCUAUUGCUACUAAAAUGAUUUUAGACGGUGAAAUUCAAGAACGGGGCAGUAUUUUACCAUUUGCACCCGAAGUUUAUCGUACUAUGUUGCAACGGUUGAGAGCUGAAGGAUUAACUAGCUCAGAAACUUCGAAAAUAUAUUGAAAUUUUCUUAUUUUAAAUCGCUACGAAGGGGAAAUAAAACUAUUUUAUUUAAUAUUAUUAUUUUAUUUACAAUUAAAUAUUUAUUUUGA